AAUACUGUGUACUCAUUUUCAACAAUAAAAUAUUCUUUCUUUCAUUAAAACAACAAAGAAAGUGAAUUUUGGAAGUUUUUUGGAUUGUCGCAUUGUUAUUUUGAGCUUCAUUUUUUAAAGUUAAUCAAAAAACAUCGAUAAAAGCAAUGAACUACGACGUUUUGCUAAAUUUGCGAUCGACUCUUAGAGGAACAUCGGAUGAACAACAACCAGCAGCACCUCACGAGGCCCGUCCUCGAAUGUUGAACGGCGUGACGUCCGGAAGCUUUUCUCGCAAUACUAACACCGGAAAUACAGCGACACAAGGAACCACAUACAAAACCACCAACGAUGAACUAAAAGGAAAAUUCCUGAGCAUGUGGAACAAUAUGAAAUUCGGAUGGACUGGAGUGCGAACAAGAACCAGUUUUUCGAAAGAACAACCUGUCUGGCUGCUUGGUCGGUGUUAUCACAGAAAGGAUUCAGUAUCGGCCGAAGAAGCGUCCGCCGUUAAUUUUGACCUAACUGUCAGCACAACGAUUGAGGGACAAAUAGCGCCCGAGGAACCAACACCCAUACUCACGACAGAUGUGGCACAAGAAGCGCCGUGUUUGGUGUCGCCUGCCGAGGAAAUGGGCUUCGAUGCGGUAAUCGAGGACGCGAGUCCAGACGAAAAUGUGUGCGAAGAAGAUGAGGGUCUCGAAGGGUUCCGACGAGAUUUCAGUACGCGCAUUUGGAUGACGUAUCGCGAAAAAUUCCCCCUCAUGAACGACUCGAACUACACGAGUGAUUGCGGUUGGGGUUGCAUGAUCCGAAGUGGACAAAUGCUGUUGGCAGAAGCGUUAGUGAGACAUUUUCUUGGCAGAGGAUGGCGUUUCGAGCCGGACGCAAUGAUUUCAGCGAGCUCAUAUGAAGAAGCUAUGCACCGACGCAUUAUCCGGUGGUUUGGUGAUGUCAAGUCUAAGAAUUGUCCCUUUUCCAUUCACAAUCUCGUGCAAAUCGGAAAGGAAAUUGGCAAGAAACCGGGCGAUUGGUAUGGACCAAAUAGUGUUGCUCAUGUCAUCCGGACGGCAGUGAGAAAAGCAGCACUGGAAAAUGCUGAUUUGGAAAAUUUGAAUGUUUAUGUGGCAAAAGAUUGUGCAGUUUACUUGCAAGACAUCUAUGAUGAGUGUAUCGUCAAUGAAAAAGCAUCCAAAGCUCCGUGGACGAAAAAGGAAGAGCAAAAUUCAGGGGAAUCCACACAAGGAACGCACUGGAAAUCCUUAAUAUUGUUAGUUUCGCUGAGAUUAGGCACGGAAAGGCUUAACCAAAUUUACGGAGAUUGUUUGAAAGCAAUGUUGAGUUUGGAUUAUUGUAUUGGGAUCAUCGGUGGGCGUCCUCGCCACUCUCUGUACUUCGUCGGUUAUCAAGAGGACAAAUUAAUUCACAUGGAUCCUCAUUACGUACAAGACGCGGUCGAUAUGCUUCAAGAUGAUUUUCUUCUCAGCUCAUUUCAUUGCAAGUCUCCACGCAAAAUGAAACUUAGUAAAAUGGACCCAUCAUGUUGCAUUGGAUUCUAUUGCAAAACUCGGGCGGACUUUGAACGAUUUGUGUCAAAUAUUCAACAGUUCCUUCAACCAUGCAAAAACUGGAUGGAUAAACAACAAGCUAAUAAUGGUCGUGACUACGCUGGUCCCGAUAUCUCAUACCCCAUGUUUGUUUUUUGCAAGGGUCGCAGCAAAGAUCACGAAAAUGAGUUUGUUCCUCGAGUCUAUCGAUCGCCCGUAAAUGUAAUGUCGCAGUCUGCAUACACCACAGAUGUGUCAGAUGACGAUGAUGGCAUUGAAGAGUUUGUAUUCAUAUAAAAUAUUAAUUUAUAAAAAAAAAAUAUUUGAAUUGCUAACAAUUUCUUCCUUACUUGUCGCUUUCUUACUUUGCAUUACCGUACUUACACAUUGUUAUAAUAUGUUAUGAAUUGUACCAUAAUGUUUAAAAAAUUAUUUGCAUUGUUGAGAAUACGAACAAAAUUCCUGUAAAUUAAAUGAGACUCGAUUAAAAAUUAAAUAUUUCGCGUGUGCUUACAUUUAGCUUUUAAUUCAAUGAUUUGAUUAAUUUUAAUUAAUUUAUAAGAGGUGUCUACAAAGAAUUAUUAUUAA